CUCUCACUUCGAGUAGGUUCUUUCACGCAUCUCUGGGGUUGUCGUCCACUUCAAUCCCAAAAUACUUGAUCCCUCUUUCUGCCAGUCCUAUUCGAACUCGCGUCCACUGUACACAGUCCGUCUAUUUACAUCCGACGGAAGACAAAGAAAAGGGUGGUUAUUACAGAGACCUAGCUUAUCAACAAAGGUCUUUAAUGUCGAACAACCAUGGCGUCCAAACCCCGGGCUGGAACGGAGAUAAAAAUCUUCCGGAGUCGAGAAGGACGACCCAUUACGAAAAUCUUGAAAAGUUCCUCGAAUCUCCUGAUGACGUUUGGGAGGCCAUCUUUCACCAGGUUGAUCGUCCGAAAGAUUUACUUUCUUGCAUACUGGCAUGCAAACGAUUCAACAACCUUGCGCUCUUCCCGCUCUAUCACGCUAUUCAUUACAAAGCGGCCUACUCCUCGAUAAUGUCUCUCUCCGAAACCUCUUUGUCGCAACGAAAACCCUCUACUUUAGGUCAAAUCAUUCGCACAGUCGUUUUUACCACGAGCAAUGGCCGGUAUGAACCCCGGCCAUCGAAUAAUUCCCAACGGCCUCCAAUGUUCAUGACAUCUGCGUUAUCAACUCUCUGCGCUUCGUCGUUCGCAGCAAAUGUUACCAAACUGGUUUUUGUUGGCGCCGAAGUACCCUUGAAGUUCUAUUUUGUUCUGUUCUCGUUGACGAGGCUUCGUGCUCUGUACUUCCACAAUUCAUGGGACGAUGAUACAGCGGGUAUAUGUGAGGAUGGCGAACCACUCAGCGCCAGCGCUUCACAGUUGUCCACCGUUGUUGACUUACGUAUCUGGAAUCAUAAGUUCCGACGGACCGGUCUUAGAUCCAGAAGAGGGCAGAUUCACUACAUUUUCGGAGUAGCCACCACUGUCCUCCUUCCCUCUCGACACCUCCACACCCUGCAUCUAGACUGGGAACCCCCAGUUGCGUCUCAUCUUGUUGGGGGACAGACUGCUACAAGCCACCUCGAAUCAUUUGUGGCUGAGACAGCACCGCGCCUUCGUGUACUCCAUCUACGCCUUCCCUCUUACAACGCGGAACAAAACUCCAGGAUUACCUCAGAGAUUCGGCGGCUCUACUACCAACUCGGAAUCUUCCUACGAGCCUGUUCGAAUUUAGAAGAGCUGUACCUCGUGACUGAGGACAAGUAUGGAGUUUCCCCGAUCUUUGGUGAAGCCUUGGGACAUGUAGGGCUCCCAAACAUCAGGGUUCUUUCCGUUCCUUCCCUAUAUUUCGUUCCAUUACUCAUAUCAAACACCGCUCCGCUUGAAUCCGUGCAUAUCUCUCCUCACCGAGCCUUGUAUAGCAAGGUGGUCGUGUCUGACAAACAGGUCUUGCGACCUUUACUUCAGGUUCCUGCCCCCGAGACUAUCUCGUCUACACUCUCUGAAUUCAAUGGGUCUAGGAUGAGGGAGAUUACGGUGUUUUGCAAUGUGUGGCAUCACGAACUUCUCCUGUUUGCUGCACAGUGUUUCCCUCGUCUGGAGGUGUUGAAGAUCGGGUAUGAGGUUGCGCACAUCAGUGAUGCCGAUUGGCAGUCAAUGGGUGGUGUACAUCUCCAUCGUCUUCCUGCAUUGAAGAUAUUUUACCUCUACAAACACCAGGACGAACAACCUUCACUCGACGCGUCUUCUGGUCCUCAGGAGUCACCAAUGCCAGAUGAGGUCCAGUUAUCUACGACCCAAAUUGAAUCGGCACUUGACGUCCUCGCAGCGUGGAGCCGAUGGGUCGCAUUUUUAGAUGAAGUCAGCUUUGACCAAGAUUCUGUAUGGACAAGGGGUAAGAUCUAUCAAAGCGUACCUUGGGACAACUGUAACUCGGGGAAUGGAUAUUGGACGCGGCCGCCCAAGCCUGCAUGGAGGUGGUCCGAGUGGAGAGUUUCGAAGCGAUCUAAUCGUCCGGGAGAUGAUUUGAUGGAAGGGAGUAGGGAGGUUGAUCGUUUUCUGGCAUGAUUAUUUUCAGUCCGUCUGUUCAACUUAUCGUUCGAUCUUGAUUCCUGUACAGCUUACAAGAAGUAUUGUAUUAGUAGGUAUUUCCAUUCUCGAUCUAUGUAAUUGAACUAUUUGUGCUCGUCCC